AUGCGUGUCUCGUAUCAGAACAUUCUCAUUACUGUUACCGCGCUGUACUCUUCCGAGGGCGAUGGCCAGCCUGACCAACAAGCCCUCCUGGCCCCUCCGCCUCCGCCUCCUCCACAACGACCACCGCUGGCAGAGAAAUGUGGUCCGGACACGAGCAAAAUUGUGUGUAUCAACAACUACUCCGCCGUGCUCCCGGGCAACUUCUCCAGGGCGCCUCCGCCCGACUCCAUCAAUCCCUUAGACCAGGCGUCCUACGCGCAGACCGAGAUCCCUGGCGACGAUUCGUGGAACUUGGUCAAGGAAGCCGACUUCAUCGUCUUCGACCGAAAGCGCGGACUAGAGAUCCUUGGUAACAGACCCACCUCCGAAUUCAAGUAUGGGAUUGUGAACUUGUUUCAUGACGCCACUGUCUAUGACCCGUACACCAAUGAGGUCUACUUCUCCCAGCUUUCGGGGGGUGAACUCUCCCAGAAAGUGAUUGACCUUGGAAACGAAGCGGAGGGAGUCCGUAGAAAGGAAGCCAAUCCACCACUCUAUUCGCCCGUCGGUGGGAUAUACAGAAACGGACUCUUCUACUUUUGCGUUGGAGGCUCUAGCGACGAGGUUCCGGGGCCUGAUGGUACAGUGGCACGGCCUGGUGUGUACACCCUCAAUGCUACGAGCGGCGAGUCCAAGGUCCUGCUCAAUAACUACUUUGGUUACUGGUUCAGCACUUGCAACGAUAUUGCCAUGGAUGGUGAGGGUAAUAUUUGGUUCACCGAUGAUGAUUACUCCUUCGGAAACGGCGUGAGCCCCCACCGGCCAGUUCUGGCCCCUGCCAUCUACAGGUUCAAUCCCCGAACAGGAUCCGUCCGCAUCGUAGACCAGCGCCUAAAGCAGCCCAACGGAAUCGCCUUCUCACCCGACUUCAAAACCCUGUACGUCGCCGACUCCGGCGCCGAGACGGUGCCGGAUCACCCUCCAGCCGUAGGCCAUGUCAUAUACAACCCGUAUAACGUGACGGACCCUCACGUCGUCUGGGCAUUUGACGUGAUUCAUGACGGCACGGCUCUGGGAAACGCUCGACCGUUUCAUCUGACGCACAAGAUGAAGUGGCUGCCGGACGGAGUCCGCGUUGCAGAUAAUGGCUAUGUCCUCGUCGGUGUCGGCGACGGCAUCGACGUUCUCGACCCGACGGGUGAGUUGAUCGUAAAAAUUCAGACAAACUUCACCGCCGUGGGAAAUACAUGGGCCGGCAAGGGCAGCAAGGACCUCUGGAUCACGGGUGUAGGCGGCGUGCAAAAGGUUCACAUCAACUUGCCUGGAGGAAGGGUGAACGGCUGGCCCGAGGAACUUCUCCGAGAGGAGUAA